AUGGUCAACUUCAGGAGCCUUGUAGUAGCAUACCUGGCUGCCGUGCCCGCAAUCUCGGCACACUACGUGUACUCCAUCCUCACCAUUGAUGGGCAGGCCACUCCGGACUGGCAAUACAUCCGACAGAAUAGCAACAACAUCCAGCCUACCAAGCACUUCCUCAACUCGGGCGCCGACUUCCGCUGCAACUCCGGCUCCUUUGCCAAUGCUGGCCGUACCCAAGUCGCCCGUGUAAACCCCGGCCAGCGUAUCGGGUUCAAGCUCUGGAACGGUGGAAAGAUUCUUCACCCGGGACCUUCGACUAUCCACAUGUCCAAGGCCCCCGGCGACGUCAGCACUUACCAAGGCGACGGAGAUUGGUUCAAGGUGUACCAGGACAUCAUCUGCGGGCCACAGAAUCCGCUUCGUGACAGCGACUGGUGCAGCUGGGAUAAGGCCGAGUUCGGCUUCACCCUGCCCCGUGACACCCCUCCGGGCCAGUACCUGGUUCGCGCGGAGCACAUCGCCAUCCACGGGGCACAGUCUGCCGAUACGGAGUUUUACUUCACCUGUGCCCAGAUUGAGGUUACGGGCAACGGAAGCGGCCAGCCAGGUCCCAUGGUGAAAAUCCCGGGCCUGUAUAACAGGGACGAUCCGGCGCUACGCUUCUUCAUCUAUGGCGCACGCAGCUACCCCUACACCAAUGUAGGGCAGCACGCCGUCUGGACUGGUGGUAACACGGGUGGCGGAGGCGGCGGCGGCGGCGGCGGUGGGGGUGGAGGCGCAGGAGGUGGUGCCCCUCUGUACGGUCAAUGCGGCGGCCAGGGUUGGACUGGCCCAACGACUUGUGCGUCGGGCAGAUGCGUUGCUAGCAAUGAGUGGUACAGCCAAUGUGUUCCGUAA